CGUCCUACCUCCAUCCUGCUGCCACUGACACAGUACCUGCCACCUCCCGCCCAUCCUGCGCUAUCAAACUUCUACGCAUGCGCACUGACGCUUUCUCUCGAGUGGCAGACGCGAGGGAAGCGACUGUAAGUUCGUCCAGCUGAACCGAAGUGGAACAUAGAAGAGCCAUUUCUCCGUCAUGGCAGAUGAGGAUUUUACCACUGCUGAUUCUGGGGCGUCUGCAACGUACCCCAUGCAAUGCUCUGCUCUGAGGAAGAACGGCUUUGUCAUGCUGAAGGGACGUCCCUGUAAGAUCGUUGACAUGUCUACCUCCAAGACUGGCAAGCAUGGGCAUGCCAAGGUUCACCUCGUUGGACUUGACAUCUUUACACAGAAGAAGUUUGAAGAUAUCUGUCCAUCCACCCACAACAUGGAUGUUCCAAAUGUAACAAGGAAGGACUACCAGGUCAUUGAUGUCUCCGAUGGCUUCUUGUCCCUGAUGGAUGACAAUGGAGACACCAGGGAGGACCUCAGAGUGCCAGAAGGAGACCUGGGUAAAGAAAUCGAAAAGAAGUUCAAUAAUGGAGAGCAAUUUAUGGUGUCUGUGCUGAAAGCUUUAGAUGAAGAGCAUGUCAUUGGCACCAAGGCCAUGACUUCUUAAAAAGUGCAUGACCUUGCUGGAGACCUCACACUCCUAUCCUUGGUUAUGGUUUGAAGCUUCACCAAAGCUCCCGACCUUCUCGCCACACCUCCACCAGUUUCUCUACUGGUCAGCUGAAGUCCGGAAACGGGAACAGGUCAUCUCCUUCAACCCUGUACCCCAGGCUCAGGGCAGAUUGACGCUCUCUUAUUCAUGUAACCUUUCUACAUACUGAUGCUAUUCCAGGAAUUCUUGACUAUAUUCUGGGCUUUUGUUUGUUGUAAUACAUUCCUAGUCUCCCAUUCCUUAAUGACAUUAAGUUUUUGAGUAAAAUUGGUUUUUAAUUAUGAGGCUGAAGAUUUUUGUUAUUGUGAGCAAAAGAAACUAAAACCUGCUUUAUCCUUUUUAAGUUUUGACCAGAUGUUGAAUUUGUAUCUGAACUGGCUCACUUUCCAUCAACCUUCAGUUCUCAUUAGUUACAACAAAUGCAUUCUAUAACUAUGUACUCAGAACUUUAACUGUGGAUGUUGCAGCAUUGUUUUGCAUCUAACCAGGUGGUAAAGGUAGCGUUGCAACCAGGGACCUUGGCUGUCUAACCCUGCUGCGCAGCCUGGAUCGGGUGGGUUGCUUGGCAUAUUUCUUUCACGUAUUCUUUUGAAGCUUUGCUUUCUCUUGAGGCCUUUUUAUGAACUGAAAAAUAUCUAGAAAUGCUUUUCAAAGAACAAAACACUGAUAAUUUGUACUUGUAAAAGUGGAUUUCUGUACAGCGAUAUAUUGGAUAUGUAACAGAAUUGACUAAACUGGUAGAAUACUGAUUCUCAUUUCCUAUGGUUAUCUCAACAUGUGGUGGUUUGCAUAAUGAAGAGUAAGUAAUGCACAGUAAUUCUGACUGGGAGAUACACAGUGACAAAAUUCAGUUAAUAUGGAAACAUUUAGUUUCAGUGUUUGGUUUUAUAUUUCCACUUGUGAUGUCUAUUCAAACAGUGUUAAAUAUAUGAUUCAAGUAUGUUUCUGUUCUAUUUUGUUUAAGGCAAAAGUAUUUUUUUUUUUGUUUUUUAUUUUGAGGUAUUUCCAUUUGGAAAAUGCUCCAAACAGACGGAAGAAAAAUCGUAUAUAGGCUUUUAUUAUCUUAAAAUAGGUUAGACAUUUAGUUAAAAAGCGUUAUUUACUUAUUUUUUGCAGUAGUAGCGAUGCUGUAGAGGUCACUUCUAGGAAUAUAUUGAACAAGUUUUGUUGAGGGGAAACAUCGAUGCCCAAAAAUAACACAGGAGUAUUUAAGCAAUAAUUUGGGUUAAGGGUCAAAGGACCGUUGUUAGUUUGUAGAUACUUAAAACGUUCAACUAAGAUGGUUGUUCAGCAUUAUUUUGCAAAGCCCCAGGUAAGCAGUGUUUAUGGUUGAUUGCUAUGAACACAGCAUGUGUUUUUGUGAGCCCUUUAGUAAUGGCAGGAAACUAGCAUGUGUUGACUUGCACUGCAUUAACGUAGUGGCUGUACAACCUGCUUUACGUGCAGGUAGUUGGCUUUGUCCCCUACCUCCUAAACAUAAAUAAAUAAUAGCCCUAUUUUAGUAAUGGAUGUGAAGCACAGCAGCCUUUUUCCCCUGUUUGGACUGAUGGUACAAAGAAGAAGCCAGUCUUUCAAGCGUGCACGUUAAGGAAUACCAAUGACAAGUAUCUGUUCCAAUGAGGACCUUUUUGUAGAUUUUAGUCAACAAGACUGCAUUAAUAGUUUUUUCCCCCCAACUCAUGAACUUUUCUUUUGUUAAAAGCUUGAGGUUUGUUGCCACAUUCUGAUGAAAUCGGGUUUCAGCAGCAGAGAUGCCUCAGUGUCUUACACAGUUUAAGAAGUGUUUACGUGUUGUUCAUGGCAUCAGGGUACUAAACAAUAAUGAUUAGAUUAAUUCCUGUAAACGAACAGAUUGUUACUUUGACAUUCGAUACCAUUACAGUAAAUUUGCUUUGUUUUCAAGUGUCCUUUGUACAUUGGAAGCUGGUCUGUUAUGUUGUUUCAGUACAGCUGAAGUAUUUGUGCUUCCAAACACCAAAGUCAUCUGCUGGAUGUUAAGUUAUGUUUUACAUUAAUUUGUACUUCAUUAGCUUUUGGUUAGUUUGUGUUUAUUAACUGCAGUGAUACUAGUAGCUCUUCAUUUCACCAUUUACUUGUGGUGUGAAACAGCAGCACUCCGGAUUGUUUGCAAGGACCAAACUUUGAAAAUCUCAUUGUAUUUGCUUUAUUAGCAAACAGCAUGUAAGCGGAUCAAAAAAACACUACCUACCUUCCUUCCUUCCUUUUUUGUGUGUGGGGACAGUUGAGCUGUCAGACUUUCUGUUGCUAAUAGGGACACAUUUAAGACGUGCUUUUGACCUUUACAUGUAUAUUUCCAUGCAUCUUACAACUUUAGCCUCACUUUUAUUAUUCGUGGAGUUAAUUGGCUGUAACAAAUAUGGCAAAGCGACCUCUUGUAUGCAAAUUAAUGGAUAAACAUUGCAGAGUUAUGUUAUUUAAGAUUGAUAUAUGCCACUGUGCCUAUCAACAUGUGCCUGAGUUAAUUUCUAAGAUACUUCAUCCUUUUAUACUUUUGCAUUUCCUCAAUCUUUUCGUGUCUCUUCUCUAGCUGGAUAUGUAGCAGUAGUAAUACGUCCUGUCAACAGUUGUGCAUAAAGGUUUGUCUCGCAUGCAGAUGGGGAACAGGACUGACCUGUGAUUUUGUUUGAGGAGUCACCCUCCAUUGCCUCUGACUAACGCCGGGAUCAGAGUCUGCCGGGGAUAAAUCUGUGACUGAUGUCUGUUGUGAGGGCAGAUCUUGUCAGGGCUCCAAACAGAACAUUGUGUCAGUGAUGAUGGUGAGAUUAUCAUGCGCUUUUGCUUUGAUUCAUUUUCCUCAAAAACUUGGUCUGUUGUGUUGGUCCAUGUUAAAUGUUUUUUUUUUCCAUGUUUGGCACUUCUUCACAAUCUUCAAAUCAAAUAUUGUCAUAGAACUGUGUAGUACUUGUAGUGUAUGUCUAUACUCUAUAUGCAUGUGUAUGUUAGGCGAAGAGCUUCAGGGUGUUUUUCUAUCUUGGUCUCUUCUCUGAAAUGAGCCAUCAUAGGCAAAAAUGUCAGCUUUAUCCUCAUCUGGAACAUAAAGAUGCACACGCUCCUGUCUUUGCUUUUCCAAUUCAUGUGUUGCGACUGUCUUUAACAAUCACAAGUGUCUAUUUUGUCUACAGAAUAAAAACAAAGUUUUUUUGGGCUGCAGAAAAUGUGUCACAACUCGUUUUCUACAUAGUGGAGGAUGCUUCACUCCAGGUCAUUGCGUUGUUUUUACCUUUUAAAGACGAUAUAACUUAAGCACCUCAGAGUUAGUUCUGACAGUUUGUUCAAAACGUGUACAGUUAUUCCUGCAGUUUUAUUAAAAACCUAUGUAAACGUCAUGCACUGGCUUACCUCAUUCAUUUGCCUGGUGCAUUCAGAUGUUCUGGACUUGAAAUAAAGAAUAACAUGAAUUUGGUUGGA